CUCUUGUAUGAGAUGAAGAGGCUCACUGCCCACAGCCACUAGCCAAAUCCAAACCAAAGCUCACAGUUCUCUCUCCAGAUGGUGUUCAGAACUCCACCUUCUUCUGCUGCUGUUUUGUCGUCGCCUUCUUCUUCAGGAACUGCUCCAAAAGUUAAACUUUCCUCUUUAUUCACACACCCACAUGAACCCAGAGCUUCCAAUUCCAAAUCUUCACAAAAAUAUUCUUACCCACGUAGACGAACUUCUUCAAAUCCCGAAAUUCCUCCAAAAAAGUCACUUCCCGAUGUUCCUAUCGAAACCCCACUUGAAAGGUUCUUGAAAGUUAACUGUAAGUCCGGUAAUAUCACUCUCAGUGAAGCAUUGCAUUUCUUUGAUCACAUGCUUCGUUUGCAACCAACUCCAUCGAUAUCGUCAUUCAAUGAUUUACUUAGUGCACUUGCUAGGAAUAAGCAUUAUUCUAGCGUGAUUUCAAUUUGCAAAAGAAUGAAUUCAACUGGAUUGUUGCCCGAUUUUAUUACUUUGAACAUUUUGCUGAAUUCCUUUUGUAAUGUGAAUCGGGUUUGUUACGGCUUUGCUGUUAUGGGAAGUAUUGUGAGGAGGGGUUGUAGUCCAAAUACUGUGACCUAUACAUCUUUGAUUAAGGGGUUGUGUAAGGAGGAUAGAAUUGGUGAGGCCGUCGGGUUGUUUACGAAAAUGGUCAAGUUGGGUUGUAGGCCUAGUGUGAUUACAUACGGGACUUUGAUUAGUGGGUUGUGUCGAACAGGCAAUACUAGUGUUGCACUUAAGUUACAUGAAGAAAUGGUCCGUGGUCAAUUUGGUCUGAAGUGUGAGCCUAAUGUAGUUUCCUAUGCUGCUAUUAUUGAUGGGCUUUGUAAGGAUGGAUUGACAGAUAAGGCGAAAGAACUUUUCUCGGAAAUGAAGGGCAGGGGAAUACUUCCGGACGUGGUUGUUUAUAGCUCUCUAAUACACGGUUUGUGUUAUGGGGGUAAAUGGGAGGAGGCUAAAAGUCUGUUACAUGAGAUGGUGGAUCAAGGUGUCCAACCGAACGUGGUGACAUUCAAUCUGAUGAUAGAUGUGCAUUGCAAGGAGGGAAAGAUGAAAGAAGCAAAUGAGUUGUUAGAAUUGAUGAUUCAAAGAGGUGAGGAUCCUGACACGUUUACUUAUAACUCAUUGAUGGAUGGGUUCUGCUUGGUGGGUAGGCUUGAUGAUGCAGAGGAGCUGUUUGACUCUUUGGCAAGCAAAGGGCACGAACCUGAUGUUGUAAGCUGCAAUGUGUUGAUCAGUGGAUAUUGCAAGAGUCGAAAGAUAGAGGAAGCUAUUAAUUGUUAUAGGAAAAUGAUUCACAGGGGAGUUAGGCCAACGGUUAUAACGUUUAAUGCAUUAUUAACUGGUCUUUUUAAGGUAGGCAAGGUUGAGGAUGCAAAGAAGCUAUUAGUUGAGAUGGAACUUCAUGAUCUGGUACCAAAUUUAUCUACAUAUAAAAUAUGCCUGGAUGGGCUUUGCAAGAAUGAUUGUCUUCCAGAGGCAAUGGAAUUGUUUAACACUUUAGACAAUUGUAAAUUUGAACUAAGCAUUGAAAUUUACAACUGCCUCAUUGAUGGGUUGUGUAAAGCAGGGAAAAUUGGAGUUGCAUGGCAGAUAUUCUGCGGAUUAUCAUAUAAAGGUCUGGUGCCAACUGUUAGAACAUAUACCAUCAUGAUUCAUGGGCUCUGUAAGGAAAAGGAUUUGGAAAAGGCAAAUAACUUGUUUUUUGAAAUGGAAGAGAAGGGUUGUGCUCCAAAUCUAGUCACAUAUAAUGUGCUUAUGCGUGGUUUCUUCCAAAAUAAUGAGUCAGCAAAGGUGGUUGAACUUCUUCACAAAAUGGCGGAGAGAAAUGUGUCACCAGAUGCCUCCACAUUCUCCAUUGUUAUAGACUUACUUUCUAAGGAUGCAAAGUAUCGUGAAUGUCUGGAUUUGCUACCAACAUUUCCUGUCCAAGAGCCUGGAAGAUGAGAUGAUGGAUGUUCACUAGUGAGUUUUACUUCGAAGUACAUGGGAGAAUAUUCUACUCUAACCAGAAGGUACAAGAUGCGAAGGCCUGUCACUGCCAUUGUCCAAACUUCCUACACUGACUCUACUAAAGUUUAAAAAGACUUCAAUGGCCUGUUCAGUCUAGUUAAGCUCUUGUGGGGGCAGAUCAAAUUGGUUACAGGUUGAAAAUCGCUAACUUCUUUUGACAUCAACAUGUAGAGCUAUACACCAGAAAUUGAUGAUUUUUUUUUUAUGGAAUAAAUUCUUUGCUAAAUCAUGGAUCCUUGUUACGACUUACUAGUCUACAGUCCUAUGGAAGGAGGACUUCAAGUGUGGCGGAAGAAGAGAUAUACAUUCUCAUUAGGACUUUACCUACAUAUAUGGCGGAAGAAUCGUAUUUUUUUCCCGUCUAAUAAACUGAUUAGUGCUCAAAAUGCUCGCGGGAAGUUUUAAGCACAUCUGCACAUAUCAUAGAGUUGGGUAAAAAAUGAAAAAAUUGCAGAGGGCUCAUACGCUUUCGUGUUUGGGCACCAUUUGUAUGAUCGGACUGUUCUUCAGAGCUAUAGACAAUCCCCAUUCAGAGCCCAAAACGAAAGCUCAUGAGAACUCCACUUUCAUCUUCUUCGUUUACUGCUGCUUCUGUUGGAUUGCCUCAAAAGGUGAACUUUCUUCUUUUUUCACACACCCACAUGUGGCCCACAACUCCAAAUACCAAAUCUUCACCAAAAUAUCCAUACCAACAUAAACCCAAUUCUUCACUCGCCAAAAUUUCACCAAAAAGCUGGCUUCCCGAUGUUCCUGAGUGGGUUGUUCUGCUUGGCAGGUAGACUCGAUGAUGCAAAGGAGCUGUUUCCUUCUAUGGCAAGUAAAGGGCAUGAACCUGAUGUUGUAAGUUUAAUGAUGCAAAGGAGCUGUUUGGUUAUAUAGGAAGCAAAAUGUAAAGGCCUGUUGCUACAAUGAGGUGGGUGAUUCGCUUACUGUAAUCCUAGCUCUCAAUUAUUUCGACCUCGCUGUGGACGGGAAGAUUGCCCCGGUCAUCUCAUAUAUCUUCAACUCUGUUCCUUCCUCCUUGUCUUGAAGGGCUAGAAAAGAUCACAAAACUGUCAACUUCUAUGCCAACGAUGUGGCAAAAUGAGCUGUCUCCCGAUCAUCUCUUUGCUUUUAUACUUGUCUAUUUGGCUCGAGAGUGGAAAGGUUCCUCUCCUUAGCUUUCUUUUUUUGUUAUCUUGCUUAUAGAAAAAAAAUAGCUUUAUUGGGGGUCAUUGGUGCUGAGCCUCGAGGAACUCUAUUUUCUUGUACUUGGAUCUUAUAUUCUAAAUAGUAUGUUACAAGACCUACAGAAGAAUAUGGAGUUUA